AUGAACCCAUUGCAGGUCUACCACUACCACGAUAAAAGUCACAGAGUGCUCUUCCAAAUAGCGCUCAGCUCGGAUGGUCGUUACACGCCCGUAGCAGGCAAAUACCAUCACCAGAAUGCACCAUCGAUUGAGACUACUUACCUCUAUCCACAAAUACAUGGACACUUAACCGAUGCAACCCCCGCAAAGAGCGCCUAUCCGACAUACAGACAACUACAGUUACACAACUCACAACUCAAUCAAGUGAAACUGCAGCCAAAGAAGAAGACACAAUAUCUCGAUAUAACACCAAGUCUGCACAAAGGCACACAUGGCAAUGCAUAUAAGACCCAAACAUACCAAAAUUUCAACAUUAUCAACGCGCCAAUAGUGCCCGCAAGCGCAACAGCAGCGGCGACGGUGUUGUCAGGGAGCGCCAACAAAUUUGACUACUUAGUACCGAAUGUGGAUAGCUCGACACAGCUAUUCAGCGACUUUGAUGAGCUCUUUAACCACUUCAAUUUGCACGAAGACAGUGCGGCAGUUUACAGCGGAGGUGCAAGCUUCGGCUCGAAAUAUAAAAUUUAAGAGAUUUCACAAAACUUGCACAUUAAUCAUAUACAUAUUAGGGUGGUCCUUAAAUAGUUGAGGAAACGAUUAUUAUAUUACGCAACUAUUUACAGGUCAAAAGGUUUAUGAAAAAAUUUGUUGCCGAUCGAGUUAAGGUCUGCCAAAGUUCAAGUUGAAAUAAUUAAUUGCCAUUGAAAAAUUCAUCAUGAAAAUUUUUUUUUCAUACAAUAAAGUCAAUAGUUUUUGAGUCAAAAAAUACAUUUUAAAAAUUUGGUCUGAAUUGAGGAUGGUUGGCGUAAUCUGAAAGGAGCUGUGAAACCAAUGAUAUAGAAUAUAUAAUAUCUAUAUAUGUAUGUAUACCUAAAUUAUAUAUUUGUAUAUAAGGCGUGCACAAUUUUAGGUAUUACUUUUAACAAAAAAUAUAUUUUAAAUAUUUUAGUACCUAUAUAAGAGUCUAAAUGUUUCACUCUUCGCUUCGAAUCGUUUUUUCUACCUCCAGUCACGACUUUUAUUUUUAUGAAUUCUUGAUAAUACCACUUCAAUCGUAGUUUCAUGAGUGAGUUUCAUGAAAUCUGUAAAAAAUUAUUUUCCAUUUUUUAAGGACCGCCUUAAUACAUGUCUUUAUACACAUACAUGUAACACCAAUAAAAUAUGCCACAGCAUUUUGUAUACAUUGCAACUGAUGCACAACUAACAGUUCCAUAAAUAUAAGUGAAAACAUUUAUCACACUCGUAUAUUGCAAUUAAAAUUCCAAUUGUAAUUUUAUGU